GGGGCGGCGGGGGCCUCGGCCAGCUUUGUCCCCUGUGUGACCAGCAUUCACUCCUUCACCUCUGCCUUCCUCUUCUCCAUCGAGGUGCAGGUGACGAUCGGCUUCGGGGGACGCAUGGUGACGGAGGAGUGCCCAGCCGCCAUCCUGGUGCUGAUCGUGCAGAACAUCGUGGGGCUGGUGAUCAACGCCAUCAUGCUGGGCUGCAUCUUCAUGAAGACCUCGCAGGCCCACCGCCGGGCUGAGACCCUCAUCUUCAGCAAGCACGCGGUCAUCGCCCUGCGAGAGGGCAAGCUCUGCUUCAUGCUGCGGGUGGGGGACCUCCGGAAGAGCAUGAUCAUCAGCGCCACCAUCCGCAUGCAGGUGGUGAAGAAGACCUCCAGCCUGGAGGGGGAGGUGGUACCCCUCAACCAGAUUGACAUCCAGAUGGAGAACCCCGUGGGGGGCAACAGCAUCUUCCUCGUCUCUCCACUCAUCAUCUACCACGUGAUAGACAAGAACAGCCCCCUGUAUGACAUCUCCCCCCUGAACCUUCACCACCAUGAGGACCUGGAGAUCAUUGUCAUCUUGGAAGGGGUGGUGGAGACCACCGGCAUCACCACUCAAGCCAGAACCUCCUACUUGGCAGAUGAAAUCCUCUGGGGCCAAAGGUUUGUGCCCAUCGUGGCAGAGGAAGACGGGCGAUACUCCGUGGACUACUCCAAAUUUGGCAACACAGUGAAAGUGCCCACCCCUUCGUGCACUGCUAGGCAGCUGGAGGAGGACAAGAGCAUUAUGGACACCAUGCCAUUUUCUCCUAAAGGCACAAUAAGGAAGAGGUCUGUCAAGCUAAAGCCCAAGUUUACCAUAAGCAAUGAGCCUUCCUGA